AUAGUCUGUCUGUAAAAUGAAGAGCGAGCAGCGCCUUUGGUGGGGGAAGUGGCCUUUCCCGGAAGAACGCUGCCACUGGCCUACAGGGCCACCCAAAAUCAGUUGCCCUGUUACCCGUCUAGCGGUGUAGUUCAGCGUGCAGUGAUAUACUGAUAUACGUCGUUUCUGUUUGUGGAAUCUUUGUUGCCAGCGUCAGUCAGUUGACUUUGUGUACUCACUGAUAUACUUCAGUAUCCCGAAGUGAUGGAUAAUCGCCCUGCAUUGCAAGAAAAUGUGCGGAAUACGAAGAAGAGGAGGUAUUUGCGGAGUAACGAGCGUUCGAUCGUCUCUAACGUUAUUACAGCGUGUGUUAAGGAGGCAACACAAAAAUAACUGUUGGUUAACAUUAACAGCCCCAAUCAAAGGGCUGCAGUUUAUGCAAACGUCAGCCUCGCCACUAUAGGACGCAUAAGGAAGGAACGUGAAAACAAGCCGCAUGGUUUACUGGAAUCGCCGCGAAGGAAAACUGAUAAUUUAGGGAGGAAACCCAUCGUCAUAGACAGUUUCACAAAAUCAGUCAUUCGACAAACGAUGGAGGACUUUUACAUAAACCAAAAAAUAGUGCCGACAUUACGGAAAUUGCUUAAUGCCGUGAAACAAAAAAUACAUUUUCCUUGGCAGAAAGAUGUUUUACACAAGACAUUGCGUGAAAUGGGAUUUACCUGGAAAAGAUCUGUAAGUAAACGAAAGAUUCUCGUAGAAAGAACGGAUAUAAUUGACUGGCGAUGUAAGUAUCUGAUCCAAGUGAGGAAAUUAAGGGAGCUAGGCAGAAAAUUCUUUUAUAUUGAUGAAACUUGGGUGGACAAUAACAUUACUUACAGAAAAUGUUGGCAGGGCCCUGGCGUUGAGGGCAUUAUGGACAAUGUUAGCGGAAGCAAUAGGAUUAUAGUGGUGAAUAUUGGAUCAAAAGAUGGGUUCUUACCCAACGCACAGUCGGUUUAUAAAGCGGGUUGUGCAACAGGAGACUACCAUGGGCAAAUGAACUACGAAAAUUUUUCUAAUUGGAUAUCGAAUAAAGUGAUUCCGAAUCUGCCACCGAACUGUGUUAUUGUUAUGGACAACGCUUCAUAUCACAACAAGGAACACAACAAAGCUCCAACUAGGUCCUCGAAUAAAAGCGAAAUGAUUGAAUGGUUAUUAAAAAAUAAGGUGGAAGCUGAGUUGACAAUGAGAAAAACAAAAUUAUUUGAUUUAAUUAAACAACAUAAGCCGGAAGACAAAGUAUUUGAAAUUAAUAAAAUACUUGAAGCCCAUGGACACACUGUGCUGCGACUUCCACCAUACAACUGUGACUUAAAUCCAAUUGAAAUGGCGUGGGCAAAGCUCAAGAAUUUCGUCAGAGGAAGAAAUAUUCUUGGAGAUAUUUGCAUGACGAAGUUGCUGCAGUUGGUGAAAGAAGGUUUUGAAACGAUAAGUCAAGAUGACUGGAGUGCAUACUGCCUCCAUGUGGAGAAACUUGAAAGAGAAUAUUGGGUUAAGGAUGGGGUUAUGGAAGACAUAAUAGACGCUAUAGUUAUUAAUUUAGAAAGUGAUGACGACGAGGACGACGACGACGACGACAGUAAUGAUAGUGACAAUGUUGAUGAUGACCUCUAAAAUACGAUGUAUGUAA